CCAAAUUGCACAGACUCUCAGUAAUCUCUUCCAAACGCCUAAAAAUUCUCUCUUCUUCUACCUAUCUGUGUCUUGAGCUUUCUUCUUUCCUUAAAAAGGCUCUUCCAUUUUAGCUCAGCCUGUGCUUAUGUGUCAGUCCUUAAUGUCGCCGGCCAAGGUCUUAAGAAUACUUAUCUUCAGAAUUGGAAUCUCCCGUUACAGAACGGCUUAGUAGAAUUUAGAAAGCUGAAGAUUUUGUACGUAUUUUGGACGGUUGAGUUUGAAUUUUUGAAGACCAAUGGAGAGUCACAAGCUUACUAGAACCCAGUCGUCGCUUCUCCGGUCGUCACCCACCAUCCGAUCGUCCAUCCACAGUCUCAACUCUGUCGCCGAAGCUGAGAUGCGCAACGAGCGAAUGGAUGAAGAAGAAGGGAAAGGGAAAGAACAAGAAUUGUUACUAAAACAAGGAAAGAAGAGGAAAAAAUUCGGGUUUUCAAAUCGAACCGGGUCGGCCCGAUUUCUCCCCGUUUUUGCAAUGGCUUCCUUUUCCUUCUUCACGCUCUUCUCUCUAUUUCUCCUCGUUUACUUCUUGAACAUGAAAAGAGAAGAAAUCCCCACCUCGGAGAACCUGUUGUUGGCUUUAAUCUUUGUAGCUAUUACUCUGUUCUUGGCGAACAAGAACAAGAAUUUAAUCAGACAAAUAACGCAAGAAACAACAAAAAGAUUUACACUUACUUCAAGAAACCAGACGAAACCAAUCCACUGGUUCAUUGGAGAAUCAGACGAGGAGAAACGAAGGAAUGAGAAAGUGAAGAAGAAGAAGAUUGUGCGUGAAGGGGUGGAGUUUUACAGCAACGGGGAUUUCUAUGAAGGAGAGUUUCACAAAGGGAAGUGUAGUGGAAGCGGAGUUUAUAAUUACUUCGUGAAUGGAAGGUAUGAAGGAGAGUGGGUCGAUGGUAAGUAUGAUGGUUACGGCAUAGAGAGCUGGGCUAGAGGCAGUAGAUAUAAAGGGCAAUAUAGGCAAGGUUUGAGGCAUGGAUAUGGUAUAUAUAGAUUUUAUACAGGGGAUUCUUAUGCUGGACAGUGGUGUAAUGGGCAGAGCCAUGGUGUUGGUGUUCAAACAUGUGCGGAUGGGAGCUCUUAUGUGGGUGAAUUCAAAUGCGGUGUCAAGCACGGCCUUGGUCGCUACCAUUUCAGAAAUGGAGAUCAAUAUUCUGGAGAAUAUUUUGGGGACAAAGUUCAUGGUUUUGGUGUUUAUCACUUCGCUAAUGGCCACUGUUAUGAGGGAUCAUGGCAUGAAGGCCGCAAGCAAGGCUAUGGCUUGUAUACUUUUCGCAAUGGAGACAAAAGAUGUGGAGGAUGGGAUUGUGGCAACCUUAAGACUCCUCUACCUCCACAUACAGAUUCAGUACUUAGAGCAGUUGAGGGUGCUAGAAAAGCUGCUGACCAUGCCAUUCACCUACACCGAGUGGAUGAACAGGUGAACAAGGCGGUGCUGGCUGCAAAUAGAGCAGCCACUGCUGCUAGAGUUGCUGCUGUCAAAGCUGUCCAGAACCGGAUGGAUGGUAAAUUUUGUGAUAUAGAUGAGUAGGAAUUUAGUUUUGCUGCAUUGUGUAAAUUCUACUAAUUUUAUGGCCCGGAAAAGGUCAACCCGUUUAGCAACAGCUUAUCAGAGGUUGACAGAGUAUGUUUGAGGUAUUUUGAUCACACUGUAACUUGUAUAUAAACCAUGUAAAUUGAAUUCAAGAUGAGUGGUCAAUAGUUUUGUUAUUAUA